CUAGUAAAUAAACAAAUUUUUGGUAACUAUCAGUAACUAAUUGUAAGAUCGUUUGAUUUGGCAUCUUUGCAUACAUCAUAUAUACAUAUAUACAUGAUGUAUAUAUAUUGAUGUAUAUAUAUGCGAUAAUUUACAGUGUAUUUUUAUAUUAUAUUCUAUAAUUUAUAUUCAUAGUUUAAAUUUAUUACCAUCAUGGUAAUUAGCUGUUAUGUUUGUAAGAAAAGGCAGAAUGAUAAAAAUAGUGGGAUAUCAUUUCAUGUGUUUCCAAAAGCAACAAUGUUUCGAUCGGCUUGGGAGAAAGCAUGUAAAUUAGAGGAACCUGCACCUAAAAGAGCUCGUGUAUGUUCUGAACAUUUUACACAAGAUGAUUUUAUGCCAAAGAGAAAAUAUGGUGUAAGAUUAUUAAAGCGAUCAGCAAUACCAUCUGCAUUUGUAUGGAAUCAAGAGGCUAAUUUAAUAACAAAUAGCAACAAUGUAGAAGGAACUUUUAUCCAUAUUAAAACAAAACCAACCACAUCGACCUCUACAUUAAAACAGAAUAAAGAUUGUGCACUUGAAGUUGCAUCUCCUUCAUGUAAAACGAUGAUCUCACUUGGUAACGAAUGUCAUUCACCAAAGACACCAUCCACCAGGGACAUCGACGUACAAUGUAAUUUAUGUUUGUCAGAAACAUCAUCAGUACAAAAAUUACAAGAAAUGGAGACAUCCAAUAUUUAUAAUAAAAUAUGUAGUCCUGCUAGAAUAGAAGAUCUCACUCCAGAACAUUUCUCAACGCCUCGACGUGCCUCACAAAACUUACAAUUUAUAAAACAGAAAACAGAUGAAAAAUUAAUAAAAAUAAAAUGUCUACAAACUGAAAAUAUAAAGUUAUUAAAACGGAUUGCAUCGUUACAGGAUCUGAUUUCAUAUUUGAGAAAGAAUAAUUUCAUUUCCGAGAGUAUAGCGCGUGGAUUAAUGGAUUAUUCAAUGGAUUCUACAAUGAAUACUGGUGAAAAGAUGCAGCAACAAGAAAAAAUACAAGUUAAGAAUGGAAAAAAAAGAUGUUGCGUAAGAGGAUGUCCCAGCAAGGACAUUAGGAUGUUCACCUUCCCUUCAUCUGAAACGAAUAAAAAGAGGAUGCUCCAAUGGGUGGAAGCAUGUGGUAGGCCAGAUUUGUGGCUGCUCCCAUUCGAAAAACUAAAGUUCCGCUCUGUUUGUUGCCUCCACUUUGAACAAAAAUAUUUCCUGAAUAAGAAAUUGUCAACAUCUGCAGUUCCAACACGCCACUUACCAGGGCCUGCAACAUUUAAAACAGAGCCAUGGGUGGACAAUGCAUAACAAAUUAAAGAAGAAAAAAUUCCAGGGUUCGCAGUCAGGUGGCGCAACCUGCACCGUCCGUUUCAGCGCGGAGGUUUUUUCGUAAAAAACAUGUUAAAAUUAAAUUUUUACAACAUUUUCAAUUUACAAAAACUCUUGUUUUCACCACAAAUUAAACCAUUACAACUCUUUAAUUUACAAUCUAAACUUGAAAAAAAGAAGAUAAUAUCAUUAGAUAAUAUCACCAAUGCGGAUUAAUUGUAAAAGAGCGGUGGUUUACAAAAAGCAUUAAAUAAAUAAAAUCUUGAAAAAUAAAUGAA